AAUUUUUGCCAUACAUUUCUAAGCUACCAGUUCAAAUUUUAGCCCAUCUUUCGGCUGUAAGUAGGUAGGUGAUCACCGUCACAGUCCAUCGUUAACUAUUUGAGAGUCUAUAAUGAUUGUUUUACAAUGUGCUUAUCUUUGAUCUUGUGUUCCGGGAUUAAACAAGCCGGUUAGCGCACUAUUUUCCUCUAUCUUUUUUCCAUUUUAUUAGUUUUGUUUUGGCUUUGAAUUCCUUGUCGCUAGAACUAGCCCCGCGCUACGCCAAGGUUGAAACAUUUCCAGUACGCAUGCAUGCGUAUACAUCAAUAGCUAUGAUUUUAGCCGGAUAUAACGAAAAAAUUUCCUAUUGAGAGCCACGGCUAAUCGAUAUCUCAUGGUGUCAAUAUUUUGUUUGUUGGAGGCGAGCGUUUCCAGUGACAACAACAGCGAGCUAUUAUCAGGCAUGAUAUAAAAAGUGACGUAACGGCCGUGACGUAACCCGACCUGUGCGUUAUUGAGAAUUUGAAUGCCAUCAUGAUAUUUUGGCGAUCUCGCGGCGAGGAAACGAGAAGCAAGUAGUGAAGAAGAUACGCAUGAAUAACUCUAUCUUUGGCGAAGGCAUUUGAUGAGACGUGCUGCUUCCAUAAUCCAAGGAAUCGACGCCUCACUUCCAAGUCAAACGAAGUAUCACGAAGGUCUUUGUGCCCGAAGAUUUCGUCUGGGCUUUCUCAAGUUGUGUUACAGGAUACAAGAGCUGUGGUAAAGAGGGUCUUACGAGCCUUGAAGGAAUUAUUUGCGCCCCAAAGUCAACAUCGUUAUUUGGGAAGGUGCUUUCAAAAUGUCGACAUCUUCGUUCCUUGUUUUUGUUUUGAUAUGCUUCGUGAGCCUUGCAAGCUGUGAGGAACGUAAAGGACCGGAGCUCAACGGUACCACAAUCAUCUGGCAUGAUAAUUUCGACACAGAAUCCUCUGAAGGAUCUACUCUGAAAACGGAGUACGACGCGAAAGGCCUUCAACCUUGGUACGAUUUCGCAAACUCGUUCAUUAGUACAGUUCUGAACAAGGAACCUUACGAUCUUAUCCUCAAGGCCAAAGUAGAUGGGACAAGCAACCUUAAUAUUAAGGAUGAUCUGAUCCUGGGCUAUGCCUUGGGAAUGAUAAUUACGAUUGGAAUUGGUGUAUUGUUUUGCCUGUUAAUGCCGAUUGUUGGCUUCUGUUUCUGCUGCUGCCGGCUCUGUGGGAAGUGUGGUGGGGAGAUGUCCCAGAAGGAUAACCCGAAUAACAACUGCAAAAGAGCGGUGUUUGGUGUGAUUCUGCUGAUGAUCACCCUGUUGAUGUUUACUGGGGUGCUGUUGACAUUUGUAUGUAAUGAUCGAAUGAGUGAAACCGUUGAUGAAAUGGACAGCACUUCAAGAGGCAUUUUGAAUGAAGCAAUAUCAUUCAUCAACAGGACUGUUGGGGAAGUCGAGAAGCUGUUAGUUGAUGACUUUGGUUUUGUUACGAAGCAGUUGACAAAUGACAUAUCUAAUGAGCAACUUGAAGCCCUUGUGGGUGACCCACUACUGACAGAAUUAGACCAGGUCUCCGUUAAACCCAUUGAAGCUGUUAAAAAGCUGUCUGAAGAAACCAAAACUAUGAGAGAUCAACUGAGGGUUAUCUCAGUCAACAGCCACAACCUGACAGCUUUAUCAGUAGAUCUUCAAAGAGGACUGAAUGAUGCAAAGGACAACCUAACAAACAUUCAGAGCAACUGCAGUGAUAUAAAUCCACCACCAAAUUUCUGCAAUGAAAUAAACACAGAUGGCUUGGACACACAAGCCAACUUUACAAAUCUUCCGAAUGUUUCUAGACAACUUUCAAAUGUCGAAGAUGUCAUCAGCCAGGACUUUGAAAAGUCAGCCAAUGAUGGAUUGGAAGAAGUGACGACUAUUCCACAGAAAGUCAUUAAUGAUACACAAGACACCCGGAAUGAAAUUACAAACAUGAUAGGUGAUGCAUCAGAAACAGUUGAAAAGAUGAGAAAGGAUCUCAGAAAAAUAGCAGAUAAUGAUGUUGUCUCAGAAUUGAAAAAACUGAGGGAUACUGAUAUACCAAGCUAUAAGGAAGAUGCGGAGCAAUAUGAUAAUUAUCGCUGGAUGGCUGGUGUUGGACUGACUUGUAUCCUGCUGUUGAUUGUGGUACUGAUGGCUCUUGGCCUGAUGUGCGGCGUGUGUGGACAUGACAAGGAGGCCACGCCCACCACUCGUGGGUCGGUGUCCAACAUGGGUGGCUUAUCUCUUAUGGCUGCUGCUGGGUUUUGUUUCAUUUUUGCAUCAUUCCUUAUGCUACUCACAACAAUCUGUUUCCUCAUUGGAGCUCCAGUGCAAACAGUGUGUAAAUCCAUCCAGUCUGGAGAAAUUUACUCUCAGGUUCUUGAUAAUCCUACAUUUUGGGGCAGUGAUGGAUAUUUCUUAUCAAGGACCAUCUUCGGAGAAAACAAGUCCAACAUUGAGUUCACCAUUGGUGGAUUAAUCAAUAACUGUCGCGCAAACAAACCACUCUUCCAAGCAGGUCCUUUUGAUCAAGCUUUUAAUAUCACUGACCGGCUAAAUAUUGAAAAGUUGCUAGGAAAUGACACUACACAGCAAUUCAACGAUUUAAAGGUCAACUUAAGUGAUGUCAAUAUCUUGAACAAUGACACACGCCAGAGCCUGAUUGAUUUAAGUAAUUCAGGAGUAGAUGAGAUCGACUUUGGUGCAUUCUUGAAUCAGACCCAACAAAGUAUAACUGCUGUUGAUCUGAAUGCAUUUGCCGAUAACCUCACCACACUGGCUACUAAGUUUCAGGAGAUUGGAAAUAAUAAUACAUUAGGACAAAAUCAACGAGAUAAGGCUUAUCAACUUGGAAACGAUACACUGUACACUGCUGAAGGACUGCGCAAUCUACAAAGCACUACAGUAACAGAGAUGGAAACUAAAUCUGGAGAAUUAGAUAGAAAUGUGACAGAUCUAAGAAGGAUUGGAGGAAAUCUCAAGGUGCUGGCAAACGAUACCCUGGCUGAAGCUACGAAAGCAGAGAACUAUCUACACACAAACUCAUCAAGGAACAUCAACAAAAUAGUUACAGAUUACACGGAUCGUGUGCUUGGCUGGGGUUAUCAAUUCACAGAUCACAUCCUUGAUGUUCUUAAUAAUGAGAUAGCAAGAUGCAAGCCAGUCACGAAUAUUUACGAUGCAACCAUUGUUGUGAUCUGUAACCAAGCUCUCUAUCCUUUCAAUGGUUUCUGGUUCUCUAUCGGCUAUUGUCUGUUCUUCUUCAUCCCUGCCAUAAUCUUCAGUGUUAAAUUGGCCAAACAUUACCGUAAAAUGGAUUAUGAGAGUGACUUCGAUCACGAUUACCCUACAGAGGUGAUUGAAAUGGGCCAUCAUCCGUCUGCACCACCACAGUACCCAGGAACCAAUGAAAAGAAACAGUGGGCCAAUCCGAAAAAUUCCGUCUAUCCCCAGGCUCCUCCGGGCAGAUGCUAAUACGGUGGAUACAACCGCUACUAGCCUUGAAGCAAACAACGCGGCUAAAACGCCUUAAAAAGAAAACUGUGUAUAUUACGGAGCUAGCACUUUCGUGAAUUGUAGAUAUUAGAAGCAGUAUGUACCGUUUGAUCGUAUCUUGCAUAGCGAGUAUAACUUGCCUACAAGUAGUGUAUUAAAUUAGCUUGUAUUUAAGGUAAGCAUCAGGAAUUCCUCCCCCCAGCAAAACAGGUAUCUUUAUAUCCCAGUUCCUGUACGGCUUUUUUCCAGGCCUUCACGGUCAAUUGAUUUUGGUGACCACGUGACCCGAAAACGAUUGACCGAGGCGAAAUAUAGAGGCCUAGGAAGUAGGCAAGUGUGUUUGUAAACAGUGUAAAUUAUGUAACAGAAACUCAGACCCUUAAAUGGAUUUCUGAUUGUAGCUAACAGCGAAGUGAUUUAUGUGAAUGAUUUUGCAGGUAAAUCGUGUGAGAUAUGUUUCUCAAGACGUUUUCGAAGUACAAUCGUGAAAAUAUUUUUAGAGAUAGGUUAAAGAUUUUAAACCGAUUUGGCGUGAAACAUGGUCCAUCUCGACCCUUUUCCGUUGGAACGUUUUGGCCAAAACACCUUAGUGUUGCCAAGGAUGUGUCCGAAAUAUUAUGGGAACAUCUUUAGGGUGUUCUCUCAUGAACAAAUCCCUUUCCAAGUCAUAGUAUUUUCAUUCUGAAGUUAUCUAUCGACUAACUGUAUAUUUUUUUUUAAAGAAAAUGGCUAUUCUGAACUUUUCUCGUAAACGGAUCAAGCUGUAAUGCUUUUUUUUUUAGAAAUUUAUUGCAAUGAAUUCUAAAAUUUGUUCAAUUCGAACUGGCUUUUAAAUUUUGUUGCAUAUGGUAUACAAGGGCUCGGGUUGAUUAAUUAUUAUAAACUGUUAAACGUUAAGGAUAUCUCUUAUAAUAAUUAAAAGGCAAUAUUAGUCAAACAUAAUACGUUACAAUACGGAUAGUUGUGUGACUUGCUUAUGUUGCGUGAUGAGGUGAAAACCUUGACCGCGAUAGAAUGCGUGACACAAACGAGAUAAAACGCAGUUUGUUUUUAUGCUUUUUGUUUAUAUAUAAUUUUAAAAAACGUCACUAAAUGUUGUACAAGGAGCCAUGCUUCUGGAUUUCAUGCAGGACGUGAGGUUUAAUGUAAAACAACAACGUUUGCGGAACAAAUUGGACGUAAAUUUGGGUGAGGUAUUUAUUAGCAGUAGUGCAAUGCAAACGUGACAGGAAGUCACAAGCUUAAGAAAAGUUGUAACGCCGUUUUUUUAACUGGCUAGUCAGUGAAUUCAGCUUCAGCUUGUACUAUUAAGUGGUAUACUCCCUACGCGAAGAGAAAUUUGAAGAACUUUGAAAAGUUGGCGUGAUUUUCAGUGUAGCGUUACUCACGCAGUCUUUCUCAUCGUUGGCCCUACUGUGCACAAUAGUUGUUUCGUGUGAAUCCAGUAAGUAACACAUGGAGGUCACACGAGCCAACAGGCUGUAUAGCUUAAGAGGAGCCGAACGGGUUAACACGUAAUUCUUCAAUAUUUUCUGUUUUAUAUAGGUAGACAGUGCGACUGGGAUAAAGGAGAUCAUCUGAAUUGUCACACAACGCUUUCUUCGGUGUGGCGUGACCUAAAUAACUGUAACGUAAGAGAGUGAUAUUUGGCCAGAUUUUUAAAAUGUCUAUCUGCUUACAGCACUUUGUAUUUUAGUCCCAUGAAUCAAUCGUGAAAUUUAUCGUUAUAAAUUCGCCAGGGGCAUUGAAAUUCUAUUCAAGGAGGUGAACGCCCUCCUUUUUGCUGGAAGGUGACAAGGCAGAAAUCCAUGUAACAUUCUCUCUCUUUCUAUCCGAGUUGCACUUAAACGGAGUCAUUAUAAUCAAGCCGAACAUUAUAUAACAUGGCUUGUGCGAGAGUAUGGUAAUUUCUAGCGAUCCGCACAGUGUUCAUAGGUGUCUUUACACGGGGAAUAACUUCUCCAUAUUAUUGUGUGGGGGCUUUCUAGUGGUAAACUUUACUAGGAUGUUAAAUGUCAAUUUUUUGAUGCAGUUUGCUAAAUAAAACGACUUCUUUUGCAACGUC